CAUAUAUGCCCUGGUACUGCACUAAUUUGAGAUAGAAUAUCUAAUUGUCAUAAUCAGGAAUUAUGCAUAUUUAGGAAUUAUGUAAAUGAUGGGAAAUUUUCUGAGGAAUUGUCCAUCUCCAACAAAACUACAAAACUGAAGUUUACUAGAUAUCAGGCAGAGGUUCUAAAUUCCUCAAGAAGUUCAAGACUUUCACAGGGUUCGACUCUCCCAUCCCCACAGGGCUACCAGCUAGAGGAGAAUGGCUGCAGGAAAUCACUCUGCAGUGACGGAGUUCACUCUUGGGGGACUAACAAGCCGCCAAGACCUCCAGAUCCCCCUCUUUCUCCUCUUCCUAGGGAUCUACGUGGUCACCAUGGUGGGCAACCUGGGCAUGAUCACUCUGAUUGGCCUCAACUCUCAGCUUCACACCCCCAUGUACUAUUUCCUCAGCCAUCUGGCCCUCGUGGAUCUCUGCUAUUCCUCUGUCAUUACACCCAAGAUGCUGGUGAACUUCGUGUCAGAGGAGAACAUCAUCUCCUAUGCUGGGUGCAUGUCCCAGCUCUACUUCUUCCUUGUUUUUGUCAUUGCUGAGUGCUACAUGCUCACGGUGAUGGCCUACGACCGCUAUGUGGCCAUCUGCCACCCCUUGCUUUACACCAUCAUCAUGUCUCACCCUGUCUGCUCCCUGCUGGUGGCUGCAGUCUACAUCAUGGGAUUCAUCGGCUCAACAAUAGAGACUGGUCUUAUGUUAAACCUGUCCUAUUGCGAGGCCCUCAUCAGUCACUACUUCUGUGACAUCCUCCCUCUCAUGAAGCUCUCCUGCUCUAGCACCUAUGAUGUCGAGAUGGCAGUCUUCCUUCUGGCUGGAUUCAAUAUCAUACUCACCAGUUUAACUGUCCUUGUUUCCUAUGCCUUCAUCCUGUCCAGCAUCCUCAGCAUCAGCACCACAGAGGGCAGGUCCAAAGCCUUCAACACCUGCAGCUCCCACCUGGCAGCUGUGGGGCUGUUCUAUGGAUCGACUGCCUUCAUGUACUUAAAGCCAUCCACAGCCAGCUCCCUGGCCCAGGAGAACGUGGCCUCUGUGUUCUACACCACAGUGAUCCCCAUGCUGAACCCCCUGAUCUACAGCCUGAGGAACAAGGAGGUAAAGGCUGCCGUGCAGAGAACACUGAGGAGAAAACUGUAUUGAUGCAAAUGCUAUUGCUCUUUCUCACUUUGAAAAUAAACACUAGAGGGAAGUCCU